AUGGAUAACUACACCGAUUCCUUGUGGUCCAAUACGUCCGAAGAGAUGAGCAACUUCACGGAAGCCGCUGUUCAGCACGUCAGCGGUUCUAAGUUCCCUAAGGACUUGCUCAAUCAGUACGGAAUCUACGUUGCUGGAAUGCAUUUAAUGGCUUCCCAGAACGUCAUCUGCAGCGUCGUCGGCAUACCAAGCAACCUGGCCAGCAUUGUCACCUUAAUGAAAAUCAAACCGAUGACUUCCUCGAUCUUUUUACUCACUUUUUUGGCCGUAGUUGACUUUAUCGUACUCUUCUACAAACAGCUGUUCGUCCUCAUGAUCGUGAAUUUAGAAUACAGGGUGUGGGAAAUUGGUUGUAAGUUCUACUUCUUCAUAGGCUCCAUUUUGGUGCAAUACUCUGUAUGGCUCAUGGUGGCCUUAACCAUUGAGCGAUUCAUCGCAGUCUGGUUUCCAUUGAAUGUGGCCAGCCUCUGCACGGUAAAACGAGCGAAGAUCACGGUCACCUGUAUGCUGCUCAGCCUGGCAUUGUUUAACAUACCCUACUGCGUGGCCGCUUCCGAACGCCAACAACCCAACGGCUUGUGGAACUGUGGAAUACACAAAGAUUUCGAGGCUUUUCUCGUCACAUGGUCCUGGGUGGACUCCACUAUCUACCUAUUCCUGCCCUGGCCCACUCUACUUUUCUGUAACGUCAUGAUUAUCAUUGGACUGCGGCUGUCCGCGCGUAAAAAAGAGUGUAUGACAAGCAGCACAAAUCAAACAGCAGAAUCGAAGCGACCGCAUCAAAGUGUCACUGUUAUGUUGAUAGUAGCAUCUAUCGCAUGUUUCUUAUUACUCACGCCAAACGCCGUUUUCUUCAUAUACCAGCGCUACUGGGAUGUUCAGUCGGAUGUGUAUCAAUACGCAUGUUACGUCUUUGUUGGCGCGUUAGUAUACUUUUUGUCCAAUUUCAACCAUGCCGUCAAUUUCCUUUUAUACGUGGUUAGCGGUCGACGUUUCCGUCGUGUGUUCAUAGCGCUGAUCACGUGCCGCGGUUCCGAAGAGGUGCUUCGUGGCUAG